CAGCUCUUUAUGAAUGAAACAGUUCUACUGUCUAAACGUUACUUUGAAAAAUGGUCCCACAAUCAAACUUCACCACAGUUUCAAACCUCACAACUCCUGUCCCCGGGGGUGCUGGAUGUCCGCCGGUCGGCAUCCAGCUGGAGGGCCUCAUCAUGCCUCCGGUUCUCAUCGUCGACGUCGUUCUGGGGCUCAUAGGAAACUUGGUGGCGCUAUGGAUCUUCUGGUUUAAGUUGAAGGCCUGGAAUCCCAACACCCUGUUCCUCUUCAACCUGGUCAUCGCUGACUUUUUUGCCCUGGUGAGUCUGCCCCUGAGGAUUGACGCCUUGCUCAGGGGCCACUGGGUGUUUGGAGAUGGCAUGUGCCGGAUAAACCUCUUCCUGAUGUUCUCCAACCGAUCGGCCAGCAUCGCACUCAUGACCGUGGUGGCAAUUUACCGAUACUUCAAGGUGGUCCACCCUCAUCAUCGCUUCAACCGCAUGACCAAGCGGCAGGCUGCAUUUGUCUCAGCAUUCGUCUGGCUGUUGGUGAUCAGUCCUCGGGUUCCCAUGCUGGCCUACAACCACAUCAAGGGUAAAGGCGAGAAGACCCAGUGCUUCUUCUUUACAUCCUACAAAGAGGCAUCCCGCGCCAUCAUCAUCCUGGUGGGCAUGCACCGUAUUUUGACGGUGGUGGAGUUCGUCAUCCCCAUGGCCAUGCUGCUGUUCUGCUCCAUCCGAAUCUCCAGCUUCCUGAAGCAGAGGCAGAUGGGAAAACCUGACAAGGUGCGCAAGGCCAUGAGAAUGUGUGCCGCCAUCGUGGCUGUGUUCAUCGUGUGCUUCCUUCCCACCACGGUGACCACGAUCGGUGUGUGGGUCAUCCGCUCCUUCCGGCCAUGGGACUGUGCCGCUUUCUACACCUUUACUCAACUCACUAUUGUGUCAUUGGGCCUAAACUUCCUGAACUCGGCUCUGGACCCUGUCGUCUAUAUCUUCUCCAGCUCUAUGUUUAGGAAGGCACUCUUGGAACUCGUACCCUGUAGAAAGAAUGAAGGCCAGAACACAUUGUCCUCCUCAUCGGGAACCCAAAGCACCGGCCAGCAGGAGCUGAAGUCCUUAAGGACUGAUAGGGGCAGUGAACAAUAGUUUUGAUUUUAUGUAGCUAAACCUAGUAAUACAUUUAAUCAUCUAAAGGUUCCUCUACAAACAGCUCUAUGCAGUUUUGACAAUCAAGUCAAUGUUUUUCUUUAUAAAUACCACACUGGCUAACAAUGAUUAGACUGAAUCUACACAGCCCAAGCUUAGCUUUUCCCCCAGUUGUAUUGUGAUGCUGAGUGUUGAGAUUAGUAUACCAGCUUAAGACCCUGGGAUUUGGAGCAUAUGAGGCAUUUUUGGACAUAAGAAUUGACAUCCUAAAAAUGUUAACAUCCUGGCAAAUAAAAAUCUCCAUAGGGGGCAGUCAGGUGACCUCUCACACCCAAUGAUUGGUUGUUGUUCUUUAAAGAGAAAUAGCAGGAACUAAUACAUGACUGUCGUGCAUCUAUUUAUGGUCUGUGCUGUAUGAAAAAGGUAGUUACUCAAGAAGGAGCUGUGUGGCAGUCGAUGAUGUUCCAGGGUUUCCAGGAACACAGUGGGUUGGCCUCACAAUCAGUCCCAAAGUGCUCUCAUCAAAUCUCUGCUGAGCGAGCAUCUGGCCAAAAAACGCACACAGGGAGCCAACAAGAACUGUCACAGCUCCAUAACGCUACUUAAAAACAAUGCAUGACUCUUUUAUUC